GAGCCAUUUUCGUUGUUGGUGGUUGUGUUGCACGUUGUGCCGACGUUUUUCGUGUGACAGCCGCGCGUUUUGCCGUCGCGUUUUAAUCGCCCGUAGAAAAGAGUUUGGAGCUAAGCCGUAAGGAUACAGCCAGGAUGUGCUGAGUGGCAAAAAGAAAAUACACCUAGAGAUGCCGCAAAGAACUCCCAGUCCCGCUAACUCCGAUGUUUCGGUGGGUUCACCCAGUCCGCCGCCCCUGAGAUCGUUGAAUAUGAAACGAUUGCGGCUUUUGAGGAGUCCUAUUAGCCUGGAAAAUUACCGCCAAAAGUCAUCACCCGUCAGGGUCAAGAGCUUUUCCAUUGCCGAUAUCCUGGGGCGAGGGGAUGAAGAGGAUCGCGUGGAGAAGAAGCCGGAGAGAAUUGCCAUUCCCAAUGCUUUACCAGGAGUACCUGCUCCCCUGGCUCUGAUCAACGAAAGAUUGCAAAUGCCCGUGGUGCCGAAUUGUCCUCCGCCGGCUGCACUACAUACAUUUUUAUCGCCCGCUCUGCUCCACAGCUAUGAGCAGCGUCUGGCCUGGGACUACCAGCGUCAGCUGCAGGAGCACUUCCAGGCACAGGCGCAACUCCUCCGGCACAUGACCCUGAAUCCCGCGAUCAUCGCCUCCGAGGACGGCAGUUCCGAGCGUUCCCAGCGAUCGAGCAGCAGCAAUGGCAGCACCGAAUGCUGCAGUCCCACCCAGGCGGAAAAAGUGGAAAAACGUUCCCAAGAGGACAGAAUGGAGGUUCCAAAAAAGUCGCCAGAGGAACAGCCAAAGGGGGUCAGCAAAUCAAGUGGAGACACUCCCUUAGACGCCCUCUUCCAACUGUCCACCAAGAACUUUGACGAGGAGCAGGAUCCCGCCACGUUGAACAUAUUUGCCACGCGCUCCAAUCCCAAGAAAAAACGCAAGUCCCGCACAGCAUUCACCAACCAGCAGAUCUUCGAGCUGGAAAAGCGCUUCCUCUACCAAAAAUACCUUUCGCCAGCGGAUCGCGACGAAAUCGCCGGCGGCUUGGGCCUCUCCAACGCACAGGUCAUCACUUGGUUCCAAAAUCGAAGGGCCAAACUUAAGCGUGACAUGGAGGAGCUGAAGAAGGACGUGCAGUGCGAGAAAAUACCCGACCAGUCAGCAGAUCCCAAUCGCUCGCACCACCUCCACCCACAUCACCACCAGCAACACCAGCAGCACCACCACGCUCACAUGCAGAGCAUAGGAUCGGAUAGGGAUAUGGAUAAGGAUAGGGGUCGGGAGAAGGAUAAGGAUAAGGACAAAGAGGAGCUGCGCAUGCUGAAGCUCAUGACCCUGAUGCGCUAUUCCGAUGGCAAGUUGCUCUAUCAGCAGCCACCGGCAUCGUAUUUGCCCAUUCCCCACAGUCAAAAUGCUGAUUAGCCUAAUUUGUAAACUAUUGAAAAUAACGAUUUGAAUGCAUAUAUUUUGCAAAAAAAUAAACCCGCUUAGUUUGAGAAGAAAUGGCGAAGCUCCUUUGGUUUAAUUGAUUCAAGUAUUUUUCACUCCUAUGUAUGAAAUUACCACCUAUGAAAUACAAUUUUUAAAGAUGUGCAUAAUAUAUAAUAAUUCACGUGCUAGGCUUAAUUUUAACAUAUUUAUCUGUAUAUUUUCAAUGUGAAGUUUUUAAGGAUAAGUUUAUUUCAAUUACGCGUUUAUUCCAUUUGCCCUUUCUAGAAAUCAUUUAAAAUAAAUUAUUCCGUCUGUGGUUUUAAAUGUAACAUCUGGUCCACUGUAACUAAGAGAGUUAAUAAGCAAACCUUAAAAAUAUUCUUAAAGUUCGCCUUUGAGAAUAACCAUAAACCAUUCAGUUCCAUAAUCAGUACGUGUAACAACUAAACAAUUUUAGCUUUAUUACGUUGAAUAAAAUAUUUUAAUAUA